AUGCCAUUCACUCAACUUCAAUCAGCCUCAAAUCCAACCGAAGUGGUCAUUGGUAUUAAUACUGAAACUGCACCCACUAGUGGCAGCAAUGAUGAGAGUAACUUGCAUAAGCUAGUCCCUCAAUAUUUGCAGCAGCAGUCUCCACACUUUCAUCAAUACCAGUUCCAGCAACAGCAGUAUCAGCAGCUAAUGCCAUUUGAUGCUCUUUUGAUCUCACCAGCCAUGACUCCCAUAACCCAUUUUGGCCACAUGUCUAUUUCUGGAUCAAGUAGUAAUGAUGUCUUUCAUGGAUCUGCUGCAACCACAGAUGGUUUGUUUUCUCCCAUAACUUCUCCGGCUCUCAAGACUAAUAUUCAGAGCAUGAAUGACUUCAACUCUCCUAAUAUUAUUAAUCACCCCAACAACUUCACACUAUCCACGCCCAUCUCUGAUGUCUGUUCCGAUAAUAUUCAUGCUCAGACUCCCUUGAAUGUUUUCCAUUAUAAUACUUCUGUUGGUGCUUCUGCAACACCUGGUCGCGUUGCAUCUCCAUUCCUGUCACCAACAGCUGGAAUGGCCUUGACCAUGCUUCCACCUGCAGUCUUACCCACUUCUGAUUCCAUAUCUGCAUCCCAUGAUGUAUCUUCUAUGCAUGACUAUCAUAAUCUUCAUUUGCUGCAACUUCAGCAACAGCAACAGAGUCAAUUCAAUGCAGAACGAAAAAGCACUCCUUUGGCCGACGAUCUACAGCCGUUAUCUACUCCAGGAAUUUCGGGUGCUCCUAAAAUCGAGCGCACACAAUCUUCUCAAUCAUGGCGCCGUAAUCAGUACUCUCCUUAUAUGUUUCCACGCAAAUCCGUUGCACAGUCUCCGCUUUCCACGGGUACAAAUGUGCUGCAUCGAGGAUCUAUUUCUUCUGCAGAUAAUCUUAAUACCCCACAAUUAGAACCAAUACAGUAUGCAUACGCUCCGUCUGAUAUAUUUUCUUCAUCAAACAUGGCUAUACCUUCUCCUUUGGCUGUAGGUUCAGACUCUUUUGUUUCCGCUACCAAUCUACAACAGCUCAUUGAUUUUCACGCAUCUCGGAUCAGUAGUCCCAUAUCUAUGCAACCUACACAUCCUCAGUCCACUUUUAAACCUCCAUCGCGAUCUUUUUCCACAUCCGACUCGAUGAAAACCCAAGCUGUAGAUCUUUCUAAAUCCAAUCCACAGUUUGAUGCUUUUUUAACACCUACUGAUAUGACGCCUUCUGCUGUUAUGGAUACAUCACAACACCAUUUUUCUCUUUCAGACAUCAUACAGCAUGAUUCUGGAGAAACCAUGCAUGCAUCGUCAAAUGUUGCACGUAUUACUCCAGCACAGUUGAUGGAUAUACAGCAGCAGAAACAACAGCGUCAAGCAUCGCUUUCUAUUAAAACAAUGCCAUUGAAGGAAGAUUCUGUAGGUAUUCCGGCAUUAGGUCAAAUGGAUCCCGCAACGAUGGCUCUUUUGAAAUUCCCAGAUACCAUUGUACCAAUAGCCCAAUUUAAAUUUCAGAAAUCUCUUCCAUCAUCGCCACAAUCUUAUUCACAAGCAGAUCUUCAUUCUAGACCAUUGUCACACCAAUCUAAAAAGCAACUUCCCUUGGUUUUUCCCAAACCCUCCCCAGCGCUAAAACCUUUACUCCCAAACAAUGGUUCUCUGACUCAUGAGGAUGCUGCAUUGAAGCUAGCCGAAAAAACUAUAUAUGUGGAUAUAAAACUUGGACUGUGUUUUUCUGCCGAGAUCACAUCUAGUGUAGAGGUGCGCAAAUCUACCCACAAGCAAGCCGAACAACUCCGUCGAGACACUCUUAAAUCAUGCUUUGACGAGAUUCGCAGUUUACUGCCUCCUAUUGCAGAAAAACUACCAUCUAGAGUAGUUGUCAUUCGUGCAGCACAUGAUUACAUCACGACACUUCACGAAGAAUCCAAAACUCAAAAGUUGGAGAUUGAGAGUCUCAAGGCUCGCAUUAAACAGCUUGAGAAUGGCUUGAGUGAUGGCUCGUCGCAUAUGUCCCAAGCAUCUCCGUUGUUCAAAUACAUUCAGUACCCCGAAAGCCAAGUUGAAAAUUCUGAAAAGUCCGUUAUUCACAGCCCAUAUAAAGACAUGGACAACUAA